ACUGGUACGGCUCACUUGUCGAAUCAUGUGCUCGGAUGCUUAUUUAGAUGCCCUAGGACAUCAUGGGGCUCGAUAUUGAGAACCGUGAGUUUCGUGUCUUUUACAAAUUCUUUAUUAAUAUGACGCUUAGGAUUCUUUGACAUCGGGCGUCUCAUGUACAACGAAGGGGACACGCCUUCCAUCAAGUUUAAGCAGACCGAUGCCCUUGAUCCUCUAUUCUGUGAACGCAACGCCAGUUUAGAAAGCAAGUUCGAUUUCGUGCACUCAGCAAAUGUCGUACAUCUCUUCCAGACUGAGGGGCAACUAGCAUUCAUACGGUCAAUGGCCUGUCUAGCUAAACCUGGUGGACUUAUGUGGGGUCGUCAAGUCGGGUUGGCCAAUGGACCAGAUGGUGCGAAGUACAAACACGAAGAAGGAAAGGGUACUCGGUUCACAGCUGACGAGUUUAAGGAGCUCAUCUUGGAUGCUACGGGAUGGCGUGAAGAGGAUAUCAUAUAUCGCUCUGAGUUGGUCGCGUACAGCGAGCUACGAAUGGCGAAGCCUGACAAGAAUUGGGUGCUACAGUGGUCAGUGAGGGUGCCCUUCGAUAAAACGCCGGGAGCUCGUCGAAUUACUGAGUUGGUUGAAUAAAUAAUUGCACUACAGUUGAUCAUCGUUCAGCGAAUAACCAGGUUUUUGCUCAUUUGGU